CCAACCAAAAACGUCACAUUUUCUACUUUUCGCGUCAUUUUUAAUAAAGCAGAAAAAUAAAUCGGCAAAUACAUACAUUUCUAAUUUCUUCAACUUUGGUUGCAUAGAACUUAACCUGCUAAAUUGCCAUAUAAUUAAUGAGUUAUUGUUAUUGCUCAACAUGGCAUAUACCGAAAAAGUGUCACUGAGCGGCACUGCAUUAUCCUUUUUGUUAUACGAAUGUGUAAAUUCAGUAAAUUGCCAGGAGGGAUUUCUGAUUGGGGACGUGACUUCUGAAAUAACUAAUCACAUAUCUGACUCGCAAAGCGAUAACGCCCGGUUAGACACUCAAAUAGUCAUAAGAACUGUUCUGCCUCUACCCUCCGUGUCUUUGUUUUACCUACCAACCGGUAGGAUAAAGGAAGAUGUACUAUCUAACUUACUUUCAAAUACCGCUAAUGAAAUUGUUGGUUGGUACAAAUACCGAAAGAAUAGUUCGGUUAAGCCUACAUUUAGAGAUAGGCUAAUAUCCAAAGGACUGCAAAAGUAUUUUGAAAAGCAUCAUGGAAGAAAAAACUUUGCCACCUGCAUAUUAUCCAGCAAAACUUCAUCUUCUGCAUCAACACACACAUUUACCUAUAGAUUUGGUAAAAUCAAUUGCUUUGACAUUUAUGAAUACAUUGAGGAUGUGACAGCAAAUCUGGGGGAGAAGUUGACAGGCUACAAGAAACCCCACAGGUUGUCACCGCAUAGCAUUUUCAACAAAAUUGUAAAGGACAGCAAUGUGCAGAGUAACAACGCAACAGAAGCAAUUCUGAGGAUACAGGAGGCAGUAGAUAUCCGGCUUCUUAAGGAAGCUCGAAUAGCAGCUAAGAAUGAAUGCACAAUCAGAGAGCUAGAAGCUGAAAUUAAACAAAUGAAUGCUAUUCUGUCUGACAAGCAAUGUGAAGACCUGCAAGUGAGCUAUAAUAAAAGUUUAGAGGAGAAGUUCAUGAACAGAGAGGCAGAGAUGGCUGAAGCGUGUGUGCAAGCACUGGCUACACCUUCACGAGUGGACAUUUUGAGUGUCCCAAAUGUUCUGCUCCAUAGUAACAACCUGAUUGAGAGCGACAACCCUCUUCCAUCUAGGAAUGAGGCUGAGAGAAGUUCCAGCCCUAUACUAAUAUCAAGUUCAGUGAAACAGCCCAAGUUAAGUUAUGCGGCAGCUUCGAAGACGAGCACACAGCCAUCAACAAGUAAAUCAAACAACCACAUUGAAGACCUCAUAAGUUUUGAUGUGGAUGACAACAAAGUAAACAACACGCAAACUAUCAUCAUCAAUGAUGAUAUGAAACAUGUAGGUGACAGUUCCCCAGAGUGGUAGGUGGUCAGUACCAGUGCCUUAACAAAUACUAUAGUGUUAAGUUACCCUACUUUAAUCA